AAUAGGAGAAGAAUCAAACUAUAGACAUGCCUUCAACACACAAUCGUGAUAAACCAUGGGAUACUCCUGAUAUAGACAAAUGGGUGAUAGAUGAAUUCAAACCAGAAGACAAUGCCCUGGGUCUCCAUUUCGCUGAAGAAUCUUCGUUUAUGACCUUGUUCCCCAAAUAUAGAGAAGAAUAUUUACGUAACAUAUGGAGUCAAGUCACUCAAGCUUUAGACAAGCAUUUCAUUAAAUGUGAAUUAAACUUGAUUGAGGGUUCUAUGACUGUUAAAACCACCCCUAAAACAUUUGAUCCAGCCAUGAUUUUGAAAGCCCGUGAUUUGAUCAAGUUGUUAGCGAGAUCGGUUCCAUUUGGACAAGCCGUCAAGAUUUUACAAGAUGAUAUUGCUUGUGACGUUAUCAAGAUUGGUAACUUUGUUAAUAAUAAGGAUAGAUUUAUCAAGAGAAGACAAAGAUUAGUUGGUCCAAACGGGAAUACCUUGAAGGCAUUGGAGUUACUAACCAAGUGUUAUAUCUUGGUCCAGGGUAACACUGUAAGUGCUAUGGGACCAUUCAAAGGUUUAAAGGAAGUCAGAAGGGUUGUUGAAGAUUGUAUGAGAAAUAUUCAUCCUAUUUAUUAUAUCAAAGAACUCAUGAUUAAGCAAGAGUUGAGUAAGAAGCCAGAAUUGGCAAAUGAAGAUUGGUCAAGAUUCUUGCCAAGUUUCAAGAAACGUAAUGUUGUUAGAAAGAAGAAGAAGAUGGCCAACAAGGAAAAGAAGGUAUACACUCCAUUCCCACCUGCUCAACAACCUAGAAAGAUUGAUUUACAAAUUGAAAGUGGUGAGUAUUUCUUGGGUAAGAAAGAGCGAGAAUUGAAGAAAUUACAAGAAAAGAGAGAUAAGCAAGAAGAAGUCAGUGAAAGCAGAAAACAAGAAAGAAUGAAAGAUUUUGAAGCGCCAACGGAAGAGAAGCACGAAAACAAGUUGGUUGAAAAGAAGGACAAGAAGGACAAGAAGGACAAGAAAGACAAGAAGGACAAAAAGAAGAGACACGCUGACGAUGAAGAAGAGUCAGGUAAACAUAAGAAAUCCAAGCAUUAAAUAGGGGUCUCAAUGGUAUAUAAUUCACAUGUAAACUAAUACAAACACACUACUGAAACUUAGCUCUUCGCGACAACCAAAUUGAAGUCGCGACACAAAAAAAUAAUUUUCUCUGGGCGUGAAUUUGUUCUGGGCAAAUUUACAGAUCUCCUUUUCUUAGUUAUCGUCAGCAUUCCUCUUACAAGUCGCUAUGAAACGGAGACAUUUUGCACUGUCAAUAAUGGGUUAGACAGGAGACAGGAGACAGGAGACAUGUCGAAUCGCGUGAUAGCUGAAGAGACCACUGUGUUGGCAGUAAGAAAUACUUUUCGCGACAGUUACACUUUGUGACCGAUGAAACUUCCAGGUUUACGCGAUUGUGUUAGUUGAGGCGAUACUUUGUAACUCUUAAAUUUUUUUGGCAACAAUCGUUAUUUUUUGUUCCCCUCUGUAUUUUCGAUGAAUCAAUCUAAUUGUCUCGUGAGUGGUUUCCUCAAACAGUGUGAAUGUCAAUACAAUUUGCUAUGUCAAUUUUUAAAGUUGUAGGCGGUGUAAGAGCAAGUCCCUGGCUUCGUCUAGUGGCUCAUAACAACCGCAUAAGCUAGACAGCCAUAACGGUCGACUGGAAAAACGUUGCGACUAAAUCCGGCGUGUCGUUUUUUUCUCGUGUCGGUUAUUUUU